GAAUGGGUGCGAGACCUCCCAUAAGCAGCUGAGUCUGUUCUGGCUUCGCUGGGCCCGGCUGCUCGGGUCCGGCGUAAUGGAGCCGGGCCUGCUGUCCUGUCCCUUGCUCAGUGCGCAGCAUUUCUGGACAGAUGGGUACCAGCAUCCCCAGUCUCUGCGGUCUGGGUGGUGUCGGCAGAGGGUCGUGAGGGAGCCUUAGGAGUAAGUGGGGGCUCCUGUGCGGGAUUGUGGGGGAGUGUAAUCUGUGUGGAAGAUGAAGAUUAGGACACUGGACCUAUGACUGCCUCGCUCUCGCCCUAAAAGAUCGCCAUACUUCAUUCAGUGUCUCAGGGCGCAACUAUACAGAGCACCUGUGACUCUCAGUUUUAAAAAAAGCAAGGCAGAGAAGCAGCCAGACGCGGUCUCAAGGAGCUGAGACCACUUGAUUGGAACAGCGAGGGGCUCUUUUCCGGGAUGAAGGAGUCAGUGAGCUUUGAGGAUGUGGCUGUGAAGUUCACGCAGGAGGAGUGGGCUGUGCUGGAUCCAUCCCAGAAGGAGCUGUACAAAGAUGUGAUGCAGGAAACCCUGAGGAACCUGGCUUCUAUAGGAAACAAGUCGGACAAUCAGAUGGUUGUAAAUGAGUAUGAAAAUCUCUGGAGAAAACUAAGCAGCCAACUGGUGGAAAAGUUCAAUGAAGAUAAGGAAAGUCAUCAGUGUGCAGAAAUCGUCAGCUACAAUCCGGGGCAGUCUGUGAACCUGAAUUCUUGUCCAGGACUUGCCCUAUGUGAAGAAGGUAAAAUUGGUCAUUCAUCUCUGGGUGUGCCGCUGAACCAUCCGGUAGGACACAAACCUAAUGACGGCCAGGAACAUGGACAGACACUGUAUAAAGCUCAGGAGUUUGGGAACAGCUCCAUUUCUCCUCAGUCCCUGCAGAUACAUAAAAGCACUCACACCAGAGAGAAACCUUCCAAAAAUAAGGACCAUAAAGGAGAUCUUUCUUGCCUCAGAUCAGAUCAAAGGUCUGAAGAACACGACCACCGUGCACAGAAGUCUUAUGUGUGCAAGGAGUGUGGGAAAGACUUCACCGAUCCUAGUUCUUUACACAGACAUGAAAAGACUCACAGUGCAAAAAAGCCCUAUGUGUGUGAACGGUGUGGGAAAGGCUUUGCUCGAUUAGUUUACCUUUCAAAACAUAAGAUGAAUCCAACUUGUGAGACGGCUUUUGUGUGCACUCACUGUGGGAAAACUUUCAGUACUUCUGCUACCCUUCGGAGACAUACAAAAAUUCACAGUGGUGUGAAACCCUAUGUAUGUAAGCAGUGUGGGAAGGCCUUCCCCGUUUCCCGUUACCUUAAAACACACGAACUAACUCAUACCCGCGAAAAAUCUUACGUAUGUAAGCAGUGUGGGAGCGCCUUUCCAUUUUGGAGUCAGUGUCAGAAACAUAAAAUAACUCACAGUGGUGUGAAUCCCUAUGUCUGUAAGCAGUGUGGGAAAGGUUUUCCUUACUUCACCUCCCUACAGUCACACGAGAGGAUUCACACUGGUGAGAAGCCUUAUGUGUGUCAGCACUGUGGGAAAAGCUUUGCUCAUUUUGGUAACCAUAAAAGACAUGAAAGAAUCCAUGCCAGUGAGAGACCCUACGUUUGCAAGCAAUGUGGGAAAACUUUCAAUGACUACGGUUCCUUUCAGUUCCACAAUAAAAUGCACACCGGAGAGAAACCCUACCAAUGUAAGCAGUGUGGGAAGGAUUUAGCUUCUUUGUCCUCCCUUCAGAGCCACGAAAGAAAUCACUGUGGAGAGAAACCCUAUGCGUGUUUGCAGUGCGGGAAAGCCUUCAGUUUUAAGAGCUCUCUUCGAAAGCAUAAAAUAAUGCACAGUGAGGAAAAACCCUUCGUAUGCAAGCAGUGUGGCAAAGCCUUUCGCCAUUUUUAUUUGCUUCGAGUGCAUGAACGAGUCCACAGCAGCGAGAGGCCGUACCAGUGCAAGCAUUGUGACAAAGCCUUUCAUUUUUCUUAUUAUCUUAAAAAACAUGAACGAAUCCACAGCAGUGAGAGACCGUAUCAGUGUGAGCAGUGUGGCAAAACCUUUUGUUAUUCUAGUUAUCUUAAAAAACAUGAGAAACGAAUCCACAGCGGUGACAGACCCCAUCAGUGUAAUCAAUGUGGGAAAGCCUUUCAAUCUUCUGAUCAGGUUAGAAAGCAUGAGCGUGUCCACACUAAAGUCAGACCCCAUAAGUGUAAGAUGUGUGGGAAAGUCUCUAUAUUUCCUGGUCAACUUCAUGCUUGUGACAGACCUUAUUUAUGUAAGCAAUGUGGGAAAGAAUUUCUGUCUCCAUAUCGCUUGCGAAGACACGUGCUAACUCAUAGCAGAACAAAGAAGGGUGUGUGUAAUAAUGUGAAAAAGUCUCUCACAGAAAUCAAACCAAAGGAGAGCAAAACAGAUUAGGUUGCAAAGUGGGAAUAUGGCAAACAAGUCAUACUGGAGAAAAGCUACUCUUUCGAAUCAAUGUGGCUUUUAGAGUUAAAAGUUCCCUUCAGAUACAUGGAAGCAGCCCUCUGGAGAAAAGCUGCAAGCAAUGUGAUAAAGUCUUCUGAGUUCUUUUCAUUGUGGAGAUGUGAAAUAGCUCACACUGGAGAGAAAUCCUUAUACACGCUCUGUGGAAAGCCUUUAGUUCUUAAGAGACCCUCAUUUGACAUUGUAGUAGUCACUGUGGAGAGAAACCCUUCAUACAUGUGUGGUGGUUGAAUAAGAAUGUCCCCCAUAGGCUCAUAUAUUUGAAUGCUUAGUCACCAGAAAGUGGAGCUGUUUGAAAGGAUUAGAAGGAUUGGAAGUUAUCACCCUGUUGGAUUAGAAGUAACCUUCUUGGAGGAAUUGUGCCAUUAGGGGUAGGCUUUGGGAAUUCAAGAGCCCACUCCAGAUCCACUCUCUCACCCUCUCUCUUUCUGUGCCUGUGGAUUAGUAUAGCUCUCAGCUACUGCUCAAGCACCAUGUUCCUAGCCAUGGUGACAGUGGACUAAAUCUCGGAAACUAUAAGCAGCCCCCAUUAAAUGCUUCUUCAUAUAA